GGAGAGAGCGCGUCUGAGUCCUGAGGACACAGCGGGAACACGUACCACUUGGCUGAGAGAUCAAUGCACUUACGUGGAGCUGCACAGGAAGCUUGAGCAGCCCGCAGGAAGUCCGUGCACAGCCACAGAGAGAGGGAAAAGACCAAGAGGGAGGAGGACUGCCCGAGUCAGACUGGAAAGGUUUCAGCUGGUCACUCAGAGCAGUAGAGACCACGAGACCAAGACUAAAACGACCAAUUUCAGCACUCUCAAGGCAGGUACGAAGUCACAGAGAGAGGCUGGUCACAAGACAACAAAGUCCUCACAGAACGGUGUUUGUGAACAAUAAGGGGGAGGCUUGUUCCCAGCAUGCCACUGGUACAACAGCAUCACUGGGCCACUGUGCCCACAAAAAGCUGGAUCCUAGCUUUGGCUCUGCUUCUUGCUCUUCAGGGUGCUGCUCGUGCUGCUCCAUCAGGAGACAAUAAACUGGUUCGAACCAGCAGAGUGAAGCGGCAGACCCCUGUGGGGGAUCAGUCUCCCUAUGCUUCCUCAGUCAACCAGACCCUGCGGGAGCAACCUCUGGUGUUUAACCAUGUCUAUAACAUCAAUGUACCCUUGGAGUCACUGUGCUCUGUUGAUCUGGAUGCCUCUAUACCACCAGGGUCAGGUGACGAGUCUCGUGCUGAGUUGGGAUCCAGACCUUCAGUGGAGGAGCCACUAGAUCCAACCGGACCAACAGAAUUCACAGAGCAAACGCUAGAUGCUGACAGCCAGGUAACAUUCACACACCGCAUCAACAUCCCAAAGGCAGCGUGCGGUUGUCCAACAACAACAACAACAAUUCAGCAGCUCGCCACCAGAGUGGAGAUGUUGGAGAGAGAGGUUUCCCUGCUCAGAGCUCAGUGUGGAUCUGGAUGCUGUGGGGAGAGUUCAGCCUUGGGCCGUUUGGACUUUGUCCCUGGCUGCAGUGGCCAUGGAAGCUUCAGCUUUGACCUGUGCGGCUGCAUCUGUGAGGAAGGUUGGACCGGCAAAAACUGCUCCGAGCCUCGUUGCCCAAAUGACUGCUCUGGUCAGGGAGUGUGUAUUGAAGGAGAAUGUGUGUGUGACCGUGACUUUGGAGGCGACAACUGCUCAGAGCCGCGCUGUCCAGCGGACUGUUCAGGCCGCGGUUUGUGUAUUGACGGGGAGUGCGUGUGCGAGGAGUCCUUCACGGGUGAAGACUGCAUGGUUGGAAGGUGUCUGAACGACUGCUCGGAUCAGGGGCUUUGCAUCAACGGGACGUGCCAGUGCAGACCUGGCUAUGUUGGAGAAGAUUGCUCACUGGUUUACUGUGCCAACAACUGCAGCAAGAAAGGAGUCUGCAAGGAGGGAUUCUGUGUCUGCCAGGAUGGCUUUGCUGGAGAUGACUGUAACUCUGUGGCGCCUGCCAUGAACUUGAACGUACGAGGAGUGACCGAUCGUACCAUUGAUCUGGAGUGGGAAGGGUCUGUUGUGCUGACAGAUUUCUUAGUGACCUACACACCAAGCAGCCCGGGAGGUGUGCAGCUAGAGAUAAGGAUUCCAGGCAAUACCACCACCUGCACUGUCACAGGGCUGGAAGCAGGCAUAGAGUACAACAUCAAUGUGUUUGCUGUCAUUAACAACACAAUCAGUGUCCCAGCAAGUAUUACUGUUUGGACCUAUCUCUCCAAUCCAGAUGGUUUAGUUUUCAAAUCCAUCACAGAGACGUCGGUGGAGGUCCAGUGGAAACCCUUCUACUAUUCCUUUGAUGGAUGGGAGAUAAGCUUCAUCCCCAAGGACAAUGAUGGGGGGAUGACUACACAGCUGCCCAGCACUAUCACUUCAUUUGUGCAAACUGGUUUGAGGCCAGGGGAGGAGUAUACAGUUAACCUGGUAGCUCUCCGAGACCAGGGCAGAAGCCAACCUGUCACUGCUACUUUCACAACAUUGAUUGAUGGCCCCACUCAGCUGAUUGUGCGAGAUGUGUCAGACACUGUGGCAUUUGUGGAGUGGACGCCACCGAAAGCAAAGAUCGAUCAGAUUGUGUUGCGUUAUGGCCUUGUGGGAGGAGAGGGGCCGAGAACAACCUUUCGUCUCCAGCCCUCACUUAGUCAGUACUCUCUUCAGGUUCUGCGUCCUGGCUCACGGUAUGAGGUGUCUGUGAGCGGAGUUAGAAAGGGAAAUGAGAGCGGAUCUAUUUCCACUGAAUUUACUACCGCUUUAUCGUUCUUCUCAGAGAUCGAUGCCCCCAAGAACUUGCGGCUUGUGUCCAAGACCUCCACCACCCUCGAGCUUGAAUGGGAUAACAGUGAGGCUGAGGUGGAGGGCUACCAGGUGGUGUACAGCACUUUAGCAGGAGAUCAGUACGAUAAAGUCAUUGUACCACGCAACGAGGGUGGCACCACUAAGACUACACUCACAGAUCUGCUGCCAGGCACAGAAUACGGCAUUGGCAUUUCUGCUAUGAAAGGAAGCAACCAGAGUACACCAGCAACAAUGAACGCUAGGACAGGUCUGGAUGUACCCAUGGACCUAACUGUGACAGCAUCUACAGACAACACCAUCACUCUGGUGUGGGGUAUCGUCCAGGGUCCAAUCGACCAUUACAAAGUCACCUACACAUCAUCUUCUGGCAUCACUUCUGAGCUAACAGUCCCCAAAGAUGUAGCCACCACCACUCUGGCAGACCUUGAGCCUGGAACUGAGUACACCAUCACUGUAGCAGCAAGAAGAGGAAGGCAGCAGAGCACUGCAGCAACCAUAGACGCCUUCACGGGAAUCAGGCCUGUAACCCACCUCUACUUGUCAGAGGUGACUUCAGACUCAGUGUCAGUGGUGUGGAACGCUCCAGCACCCCCCGCUGACCUCUUCAUUCUGAGCUACAGCUCUGCUGAUGGGACCGACACAUCUAAAGUGACCCUGGAAGGCUCCAAGACGAGGUCAUUGGUCCUGGGCUUGCUGCCAUCCACUCACUACACCGUCAGUCUAAUCACAAUACAGGGGGACGUUACCUCUGAGCCCAUUACCGCAUCACUCACCACAGGGAUGGACCCACCAAAAGAGAUGACAGUGUCAGAAGUCACAGAAGAUGCAGUGACUAUCUCUUGGAUCAAACCACUGGCUCCGUUUGAGUACUACAAGCUCUCCUACCAGUCGGCUAGAGGUCGAGUGGACAUUAUGAUGAUUGACAGCGACGUCACAAACUACACCUUGUCAAGUCUGUUUCCUGCCACAGAGUACGAGAUCAGCCUCAAUGCUGUCAGAGGGAGUCAGGAGAGCAAAGUCGUCAGCACUUCUGUUUUCACAGCGAUGGACAUGCCUGCCGAGUUGACAGCCCUCAACAUCACUCCACAAGGAGCCUUACUGAGGUGGACUCCUCCCCUGUCCAAUGUCGACAAUUAUGUGCUGACUGUCACACACAACCAAGUGACAGCUGAUACCUUCCUGGUGGAAGGCAACAAGCAGGAGCACCAGCUGUCCAACCUCAAGCCAAGCACCACCUACUCUGUAGCCCUCUAUGCUACCAAAGGCCCCCUCACAAGUGGCACUGUUAUCACCAACCUCCAAACACCCAUGGAUGCACCAGUGAAUCUGACAGCCAGUGAGGUGAACCAUCGCAGCGCUCUUAUUUCAUGGCAGCCGCCAGUAGCAGAAAUUGACAACUACAUGCUCACCUACAAGUCAUCUGAUGGCAGCCGUAAAGAGCUGAUCCUUGAUGCAGAGGACACAUGGAUUCGACUAGAAGGAUUGGCUGAGACUACAGAGUACACUGUCAAGCUCCAGGCUGCAAGAGGACUUGAUACCAGCGCUGUGGUUUCCACUACUUUUACUACAGGGAGUCGUCUGUUUGCAACACCUCAGAACUGUGCCCAACACCUGCUGAACGGAGAGUCUCUGAGCGGCGUCUACACCAUUUACAUCAACAGGGAUCCGAGCCAGGGUGUACAGGUGUACUGUGACAUGACCACAGAUGAAGGAGGCUGGAUUGUUUUCCAGCGCCGUCAGAAUGGUCUGACAGACUUCUCCAGGAAGUGGAGUGAUUAUCGCGUUGGAUUUGGAAAUCUAGAGGAUGAGUUCUGGCUUGGUCUUGACAACAUCCAAAGGAUUGCUGCUCAGGGUCGAUACGAGCUUAGGAUUGACAUGAGGGAUGGACAGGAAUCAGUUUAUGCCAAUUAUGACAAGUUCUCCAUUGGAGAUGCAAGAAACCUCUACAAGCUCAGGAUAGGAGAAUACAAUGGCACUGCUGGUGACUCUCUGAGCUACCACCAGGGCCGGCCCUUCUCUACAAAAGACAGAGACAAUGACAUUGCUGUCACUAACUGUGCCUUGUCUUAUAAAGGCGCCUGGUGGUACAAGAACUGCCACCGGGCCAACCUCAAUGGCAAAUACGGCGAGUCCAGACACAGCCAGGGUAUCAACUGGUACCACUGGAAAGGCCAUGAGUUCUCCAUCCCCUUUGUUGAGAUGAAGAUGAGGCCGUACAAUUUCCGUAGCAUCAGCAACAAGAGGAGGCGGUCUGCUCCUGUAUAAAGAGCCACCUCCAUCCAGUCCAGAGUCAUGGAUAAAUGGAGUUUGGAUGAUGUUUAGUGUUGACUUUCUGCUAUUUGUGUGCCUCACUGACAGUAAAGGCAGGCUGGAAUAAAAUGUUGCCAGAGCUUGUGAGGCUGCAAGAUAAGCUAAGCUACUAAUAUUUUAUUUUAUUGAAAAAUAAUAUAUUGAUACAAGAUCAUCAUCAGAAGUUGUUCCAGCUAUGGAUGCAUUUGUAAAAUAGCAGAGAGGCUGACACUAUGUCCAAACUCUGUUGAUCUCAGCACCUGCCCCGCGUCAGCUGUCUUUCCCUGCUGUACUUCUACCCAGAAGACACUGUAUGUAAUUUAUUAAUCACUCUGAAUGACAAUGGUUCUGUUUGCUGUAAAAAGAAAAAAUAGGAAAGGCAAACAAGAUGCUUUUGUUUUACUUUAAUCUGUGAUUUGCCUUUCCCUGGGAUGCGAGGAAAUGUGCUCAGAAACGCCCUCAAGAGUGGGAGCUAGCGCUAUUUUAACCGUUACAAAAUAACACUUUUAACUCAAAAUAAACUGUAUAUGCCCUUAAAAUCCUUAACUGUAAUAUAUAUAUAUUUUUAUAACUGAUGUUGUGACAGAGUCCAUUUAUUUGAUAUAAUUUGAUGCCUUCAUUUUUGACUCUUAAGUCAUAUAAAUGUAAUGACAAAUAAUGGACAUUAGUUCAAAUUAACAUUAAAAAUCAAAGCUGUAGAUCCAGAAUCAUCCUCAACAAUGCUCUGCACCAGCAACAGCUUCAUUGCAUUUAUUCUUAUUUAUUUUCUGUUUGCUGUUGAGUACAAUAUACUUUCUUUUAGUUACACAUAGAACCAGUUAGUCAUCAAAACUAAACUUUAUUAUUAUUGGUAGCCACCCUGAGACAGUAUUUGCACUGAGAGUGGGAACACGGCAAAGCUAUUCAUAUUUUUUUUUUUUUUUUCUAAUUUCUGUAAAUGGACAUUUAAUAUUCCCUUAUUUAAUUACAAAGCCUAUUACAAUCAUUUAGUCAGUGUUUCAUUCGUGUUGUAGGUGCUGUGAUUGCUUGCAGAGAUGGUGCUGACAGACACAAGAUUUAACCAAAGAUCUGCUUGGUAAAAACUGGGCUUGCUGUUUGGAAAGAUGCACGUCAGCCCUGUCACCAAAAGCCACUGCAGCAGCUUUUCUCUGUAUCAGUAGAGAUCCGCAAUUCAAGGCUUUUCAUAAUUAGCACACCCUCCAGCCAUCAUUUUAUGCAGUGUGAUCACUAAAUUAUGUGCAGCAGAAAAUGUAAGAAAGAAAGCAGGACAAACGGUAGGUGGAGUGAAUACUUGCUUCACAAUUUAAGCUCUUCAGUGAAACAACCAAAUCAGCAAACACUGCUUGGAAUGUUUUCUUUUUUCGUGGGGCAGGCGUAAUCUGCUGCAUGCCUACCAAACGUGUUGUUCCCAGCGUGGCACAUUGUUCAGCUCCGGUAAGCCAAAUGCAGUUUUCUGGAAACUGCUGUAAUCUUCCUACCAGAGUCUGAACAUAAACUACACACAACUAGCUGAAUCUGGUACAAUAAAAAGAAAGAAAAGCCACAAAAAUCAGUGUCACCGUCACUGCAAGCAACACUUGUUCUAAUAUAUUAUGUUCCAAUGCUCAUGUUUCCUUUCUGAUCAGCUGGAAAAUUAAUUUGGUUACUCUUAACUUUCAUUGAGGUGAGCCAGUUCAUCCAGCUCCUAUUACAUGACUCAAUGUUUUUUUUUUUCCUCUUUAGACUUGAAAACAUUAGAAACCUCCCCCUCUAUAAACUUCUAAUAAUAUAGUCACAUAGAUGUGAAGUUUAAAUUGUCUUUUGAUGUGUUCCCCCUUUAGAUACGAACUAAUUCAGAGAACCCUGUUGAGCAUUUCUGUUUUAACCACUGUAUUUUAACCACUGUUGUAUUGAAAGAUGGAUGAGGCCUACUGCAUGUUCACAUGGAAUGCAACCAAGAGCCUGGGAGUAAAAUAGCAAAUGUCCUGAACAUAGAUUUCAGUUUUAAUUGUAGUCAUGUUUCUUUGCUGAUCUGGGUGAAAGUGGAAAGUUGCUCUUGAAAUGGUUCAUAAAGUAGAAAAAUGUAAAUCAUUUUUUCAGGCUUCAAGCUUCAACACAUAACCUUUCUUGGUCUCAUUUAUGUUUCACUGUCAGAGUAUUUCAGACUCUCUCAUGCAAUAAAUUCCUGAUAUUGACUUAUAGUAGACUAGAUAAUUCUCUAUGUACUUAUUUCAUGAACUACUUAGAUGACUUUUUCCCCCUUGGUGGGUUUUUGUACAAAGUAACAAAGGUGAGGAAACGCUGCAGAAAAGGAACAGAAUGUCAUAUUUAUUGUGAGGAUAUCUUUCAUUGCAAACUACAAGGUGCUCUUAAAUCUUUUGAGAAGAGAGCUUUUGUUAUAUUUACAUUUAGUUUUUAUAAUUUAAAAAGAAAAGGAAUAAAACUCCUUUAAUUUAACCAUCAUUCAUUUUCAUUGGUUUGAAAUGCUCCCUUGCAUGGGUCAACUGUUAUUAUUCACUGCAUAUAUAAUUAAAGAAACUUAGUAAUAUUCUCUUUUUUUAAGGAGUUUUCUAAAAUUGUGCAAAUUUUUCAGUCUUGUCUUGAGACAUACCUCAAAUUACAGAGAAAAGAGAGCCUCAAAUAUGUUCUUGAUAUUAUGCAUAAUGUGAUGUUUUUCAUUUUAAUAUGAGACGUAGAGGUUUGCUGUUUUGGACAAAACAGGGAUGGAGGGAACAGAUUUGGCUGUAUUUAGUUUGUAAUGUGUUUUUCAUCAUGUAAAAUGUUUAGCCAUUUAAUGAAUUGUUGAAAUGAGUAUUUCUACUAUUAUUUAAAGUAAGACGUAGCCGCAGUGAACAGAAAACUUUCACAGUUUCCCUGUUUGUGCCGAGCUUCUUACAGGACUUGAAACAUGUCCUUAUUUGUUGAACUGCUUUUUAUUUUCCAGUUUCUCUGACUGCAGCCCCUCAAAGUACUGUAUCGAGAACAGCAUUUGUUUAUUUUUUAUUUUGUGGAAUUAAUUUCACUCUUUGAUUUACUGAGAAUCUGUAUCUGCAGUGAUCUGAAAUCCUGCCGGCAUGGAAAUGUACAUGUUGAUAAAAUGUGAUCUUGACUGUUUGAAAAGCUCUUACAAGCAGAAACUAAGGGUCUAUUGUUGGGUAACCUUGGAAAUUACUGUCAAAUUUAGCGCUAGUUUGACUUAAACAUGUACUAUAUAGUUCCUUUUUUAAUACAUUUUCUACAUAUUAAUAAAAUAUUGAAAUAGUCA